AUGGCAAUGGCAACGUACUGUUGUUUAUGCCAAUUGUCUAAUGUCUUUACCCCUGUCCUUGUCAAUAUGAGGAAAAAGUUCCUGACCAAUCCGAACCCCAAUUUCGGGUCAGGCUUUUGGACAGUUGUGUUGCCUGAUUUUCUUGUUUUUGAAUUUGUGAUCAGGUUGGGAGUGUUAGUUGUAGUGCUUAUGUGUGUGAGGGUUCUUUACGAUCUGAAGGCCGAUAGGCUCUCGUUUGUGCCCGACGACUGUUUGAAAGACACGGGAAAAAUUUCUUUUGGAAGAGGUAAUUACGUGCUGCACCUGGCAAAAUUUAUCAUCCUGAUUGAUGCAGCAUUGUCAGUUCAAUCUGAUGCACCAAAGGCCUCCGAAUUACGGGCCAAAGCUGAAGCUCAAUUGCACGCCCUUCGACGGCUGCGCAUGUGCUUUCGAGAUAUUUGUAAUCGGGUUCUGUAUGAUAAGCGUUUUAGUGCCUUCAAGAUGGAUGAUGAUGCACCAAAAUGCAAUUAUCCAAAAUCCUAUGGACAUGUGCACGGGAUGCUAUCCCAGAUGGACCUGUCCUUGGUUGCAUUUUGUGACAGUAUUGCGGAUGAAGGCGGGCCAGUGUCCUUAACUCAUGGUUGCCUUUGUUGUAUCGGUUGUUUCUCAGAAAUGAUAUGCUUUGAGGAGCUUGUUAGCAGCAAGAGAUCCGACGACGCCGAGGAGUUCGGGUUCUUCUCAGACUCGGUGGGAUUAUCAAGGAUUAUGGUUGGAUUGGAUAGUUCGAGUUCGUCUCCUUCCCUGUCUCAUCCUCUGGUGGAGGAAAAACAGCCGCCCAAGCAGUGGUGCGUCUCAAGUUUUUUGAUGGAGGGACUUCAUAAGAGCACGGAACAAGCUUCCAAGAGGGAGGAGGUUUUGGAAAGACAAAGAAAAAUUUUGGAAUAG